ACAAGAUUAGUGGAUCGAUUAGCUGCUUCAGAUCUGAAAAAAUAAAAACUAAAACUUUUGUUGAUCGAUUUGCUUAAUCUCUUGAAAAAUGGAGCCGGAACUGGACUUAACACUGAAGUUGGGUUUGCCAAAUUCGACUGUUGAGACACAUCUGACCUUAAGCCCUCCCACCACCACCACUGAUCAGGGAACCAACGUCGUGGACGGCGGAGAAGUUAUAAACCACCGUCGGGGUCUUUUGGGAGAUGAUGAAGUGAUCCACAACGAACCUACAAGAAACAACGUGGAGUUCAACAUCAGAAUCUACAAUUACGUCUUUCAACAGUUUGUUGGUGCCCCCAACACCUUGAACUUUGCUCCUUAUCCGAUGCCUCCGUCUCCGGCACCGGCACCUGAGACUCCUCCAGUGAGUGAUGAGUAUGUUCUGAUUGAUGUUCCUGCUAGGAGAGCUCGUCGUAACAACUCUACGGUGAUGACAAACUCUUGGAAGGAAAACGCAACCCCGAAGCGGAUUCGCGGUUGUGGUGGAUUCUGCGGGGGGAGGAUUGAAGGGAUGAAGAAGUGUACGAACAUGAAUUGUAACGCACUUAACACUCCUAUGUGGCGAAGAGGUCCUCUUGGUCCUAAGAGUUUAUGCAAUGCUUGUGGGAUCAAGUUCAGGAAGGAGGAAGAGAGGAAAGCCAAAAGAAAUGUAGUGAUUGUAUUAGAUGACUAA